GAUGAGUGGCAGAAUUAAAACUGUACUGACAGUGAUUAAGAAAAAGAAAUUAGUUUCAAGAGAGCGCAUUUUAAAACAAGAAAAUGUUCGAUUCUGUUAGGAACUUUCUUAUUAGUAGACAUACUGCAAUUCCAAAAGAAGCUAAAUUGAACUUCUAGCUAUCUGGUCAGUCAUCGGCCCAGCAAGACAAGAUGUCUGCUAAUCUGAACAAAUCUCACAAUGCAUUGUUGACAUCACGUGACGUGGAACAGUACCUCAGUUUUUACCUGAGCGUACCACGGGUCAAAUAGUUCUCUAUCGUCUUUGAGUCACUUGCUGACAUAAGACACUCCCACCGUAACGCACCCAACUGCUCAUUUGAUUUGGAACGUUUAGAGAAACAAAUAUUUCUACUCGUAGAUUCAAAACAAAUCUUGAUCAGCGAACCAUGUUGCAACAACACUUCUCUGAACUCCAGCUCUGAAAGCCACAUCUUUUUGAAAGAGAAUAGUGAGCUUUCGCUAUUCCGGAAAAGCCUUGGGGCCGGCAUUGUUCCGGAGAGGUUCUAAAGUUUAUAUUAAACUAGGACAGCCCUGGAGAUAACAUCUGCUCUGAACUACCUGACAGAAUUGAGAAGGCGUCUUUUGUAUCCAUCGUCCCCCUGCUGCAGUGAUCUUGGCGGGCAGGUUUAUUCUGGGAAAGGUCAUGUUGUUCGAUCGACUGGAUUACACGUUCCUGUGCACCUGAUUCUGAAGUAUUCUGUUACAUUCUAAUUCGCUGUUUCACCAAAAUGCCACACGGAUAUUUACGUGAGAGUUAAAGUAACAUUUACCACUUCUGCAAACUUUUAUUUGCACGGAAUAACAACUUAGAUUUACUGUUGGUGCUUGGUAAUAAAGUUAUUUUGAGAAUGAGUCUAUCUGCUUCUUUAUGUUCUUCUGUUUGCCUGCUGUUGCUCUUGGCUAAGUCUGUCUUGGCCAUUGAUGUCGCAGUGGAUGAGGAGCUUCCUGUCGGCUCCGUUGUCGUCCGGUUGAUGGACUACAAAGCUACAGUGUACAAUAACCUUGACCCCACGCAGGCCAUUCUGGCCAUACUCGACCAAAACACGGCUCCGGCCAACUAUUUCAAGAUAGAACAAAAUUCGGGCGUGGUCAGCGUGGCGAAGACUAUUGACCGAGAGGAAGUCUGUGAUAGAACAGAGACAUGUAAGGUAAGAUUCAAUGUGGCCGUCCAGUCGCUGACCAAAGAGAAGCAGAGAUUCUCCACUGUGGUCAACAUCCAGGUCUUCAUUAAUGACGUCAACGACAACUCUCCCUCUUUCCCGGCUAAAGAUGUCACACUUGAUAUCUCAGAAGGCGCCAAGGUCGGCACCGAAAUAAAAAUCAGUGGUGCUGUGGACCGGGACACAAAACCUGAGUUUACCGUCCGAUACUACAACAUCAGCCCACCUCUGGACGAGUUCAGUAUCAGGGCUACCAGCAACAUCGACGGCAGCAGCACCAUCAACCUGAGGCUGGAGUCCGAGCUGGACCGUGAAAUGACCGACUUGUACAUGUUUAACAUUGUGGCCUACGACGGAGGCCCCACACCAAGGAGCGACUUUCUCAAAGUGAAGAUCCGAGUGACGGACGACAAUGACAACAGUCCCGUGUUUGUUCUUUCUGUCUACAACUUUACAGUCAACGAAACAGAGGCAGCGGGCACAGUCAUUGGACAGGUCACAGCCACGGAUAAGGAUGCCGGACAAUAUGGGGAGGUGAGGUAUAGUUUCAGUCAGGCCAGUGAGAUGGUCAACAAAGGAACAUUUGCCAUCCAUCCCACCAGCGGACAGAUCAGCCUCGUCGGGGACUUGAGAAAAUUCCGAAGAUCUGGCUCGCCUUUCGUGCUCUACGUGGACGCCAAAGAUGGUGGUGAACCCCCGAGAAACAGUCAAACCAUGGUUUCCAUCUUUAUAAAAAAUACUGGAAAUGAGGCCCCGGUUGUUAAGGUAAACACGGUGACAGCAUCAGACGCAGGAUUCCUGGCCAUACCGGAAACAGCCGCGAUGGACUGGUUCGUGGCUUAUGUGGACGUUGAGGACACAGAUGAGGGGGAAGCCGGCAUUGUGGACUGCAAGCUGAUGUCCGGAAGUGACUUCAAACUGGACUCACUGUCCGGCAGAGGUUACACGAUCUUGUUGAACGUACAGCUUGACCGAGAGGUCAAGGACUCUCAUCAGAUCACAGUGAGCUGCCAAGACAAAGGAAACCCUCCAAUGGAAACGCAGGUGGUGCUCAUAGUAAAUGUCACGGACGUCAACGACAACGCGCCUGAAUUCGAUAAAGCCAGUUAUGAAGCCACGGUUGACGAGAACAGAAAAGACCAGUAUGCCGUAAAGGUGACCGCAAAGGACACAGACAUGGGGCCCAACGCGGACAUUACGUAUUCCCUAUCCGAAAACGUUGCCGGUUAUUUAAAGAUACAUCAGAAAUCUGGACUUAUCACUACAUCUACAGAACUUGAUCGAGAGAGAAACGCAACACUGCAGUUUACUGUGUUCGCAGUAGAUACCGGAGACAUUAAAAAGACUGGAUCGGCUAAUGUUGUGCUCUACAUCCGUGAUGCCAAUGACAACAGCCCUCGGUUCAACCGCACCACCUUUGACUUCUCGACUUCAGAGCUAACAGCCAACAACACGAUCAUAGGAGAACUACUGGCCUAUGAUUUGGACACAGGACUCAACGGCCAGUUCGAUUUCUUUCUGGGCAGCUCCACGAGUAAAGGCGGAAAUCCUUUGCCCUUCAACGUCUUGAAAAACGGGUCAGUGUUGGUUUCAGGAGCUUUGGAUAGAGAGAUGCAAGAUUCGUUCUCUUUCUUGGCUUUAGUUCGCGACCGUGGCGAACCCUCGAGGUCAAGCUCGGUUACGGUGGGGGUCAAGGUGACGGACGAGAACGACAACGAUCCCGUCAUUCUCUUCCCGACGUCUAGCAAUCACACCAUCGCCGUCACCAACAUCCCAGAAAGCAACAUCGUCCUGGGACAGAUCAUUGCCUUCGAUGCCGACGAAGGAAUCAACUCCGACGUACGCUUCUAUAUUUAUGGUGGCAAUACCGGCGGCGCUUUCGCCAUAGGCGCCACCACUGGUGAGCUUGUGUUGCAGGACAAAAACAAGCUGAUAAAUCCUUCUGUGUACAACCUGUCCAUUAAGGUAGAAGAUGCCUCUAAAACUCCUAGGAACACAACGACGCAUCUGAGAAUCGAGGUCAACUACGAAAACGUGACGGGACUUUCGGAAAGUGACACCUCGCCGAUGGGUGGUCAUUACAUCCUCAUCGUCGGCAUAAUAGGCGGCGCCACGUUCAUCCUCUCCGUCGUCAUUAUCAGCGCCAUCAUAUUCAUUCUACACUCUGAGGCCGCCAAGCGACGCGCCAACGACGGCUCGCUCUACCAAAACAAAUUUCUAGCCGGCAGCCCCAUACAGGCGGCGGGCACCGAGAAGGUCUCUAACGACCUUGCCGUGAGGGCGCCGAGUAACAACAAUAGCAGUAUCGGCAAGGGCGGAAGCAAUUCGUCGCCACCUGGGAACGAGGAUGCCGGCUCACGCUUGGUCAACACUGAAAGAAAGUGUGACGAAGUGACCAAGAAGGUCAGUUUUAGCCUCAAUAUCCAAGAUGAUCAGCACUACUGGAUUAAACGAGACUGUCCAGAUAAGGCAAUUAUGUGGGAUAGUCCGUCACCGAGCCAGAUAACAGAGAAUCACAAAGCUGCUAGUAUUGCAGACGACAGUGAUGCCUCGCUGGACUCGGCUCCCAGUGACAGCGGGAAAGGUACGAGUGACGAAGAAAAUAAGUUUGACUCGUACCUGGCCACCAGAGGACAGCGGCGACCUCUGUAUCACUCAUCUGGGGCAGUUGGAACUCAUCCGAGAGGUGACAUGAAUGACUUCACCAAGUACUCAGUCACGUCUUUAAUCAAACCGCAGACUAUCCCAGUGUUAUAUAACCACACUUCAUCGCCUCAUUACUUGCCCAGUCACUCACCUCAGCAUGGCCCACCAUCACACCUGGACGCCGUCUGCCCGACUUCCUGUGCCGUGUUUCAAAACUCAUCUUUUGGUCAUCGUCAAGGACAUUUCCAUGCCCAAGGGCCUCAACACAUAGCAGCUCACCAUGGGCAGACGCAGGCGAUGAGUCCGAUGGGCACUUUCACACGGUCACACUUGUCUGCAGACGAUGACCGCAGUAGCACGUCUGGCAGUUACGUUAUAAAUCAAGAGGACGCUUCCUUCGAUGAAUUGGUUGGCAAAGAUCUGGUCGUUUAACACAACAAAAAAAAAAAAAAAAAGAGGGUGAACUGGUAACUUAAAGCAUGUGUUCAAAAUGCGCUAAGAUAAUGCAAGUCGUUCAGAUAUGACACUUACUACAAGGCUUUGUAUUGAAACAUCUGGAGGUGGCUAAAUCACAUGAAAAUUGUAGUACGUGGUAUUCUCUGUCAGACAAUAUUAGGUACCGGAAUUGCAUUAUAAGCCUGUACAAACCUUUAGUAAUCAGGUUUAUACACUAAACUGAUAGUCAAAUGAUCUGAUGGAUGGGAGAGAAACCAAUCUAACCAUGCUUUUGUCCUGAAAAGUGAUCAUAUAGAAUAGGCUUGAGAGGCUUAAACUGCCUGGCUACCUCAAGGCGGCCGGAGCUCGACACCAGACUCGAGUAGCGUUGUGUUUACUGAACGCUCAAAGACAGCACGGAAAACCUUCUCCCAAAUACCCCACUCCUUCUAAUGGUCCACAAUAGAGAUUAGACAAUAACGCAUCGAGCAUGCUAUAAGCAUUAAAACUGCGCUAUAUAAAAGAGAAUUUUGCUUCAGGGACAUGCUUUUAUAGCAGUACUUACGUUUUUAAAACGCAAAUUUAGUUACCUUAGAAACAAAUGUUACAAAAACUAUCAAAGCAAUGAUUUUGUUUUUAGAUUGGAGCCGCAUGCUAGCUAUUAGUGUUACAAUACCAAAUGUACCUUCUAUAUGAAACUGAAAGCUGCUUUCUCAGUGUAACUACAAGUACACGAUCUAAUCAUUGAAUUGUUCAGUAGUUUGUAUGUAGAGCAAACAUGUACAUUGUAUUGUUCAGUAGUUUGUAUGUAGAGCAAACAUGUACACAUUGUAUUGUGAACGAGUUCAUGGCUGAGAUGUGAACAUUUGUGUACACAAUGUACAAGUACUUUGGAAUAAAAAUAUUUUAAAUUGA